ACCACUUUAACGUUGGUGAUCUGUUCUUCUACCUUCUUCCUGUUUCUAAAACUGGAAACAGAAAAGAAAGAAAAAGCUAAACUAAUUCUUCGGUUGAAGAACCUUUUUUCUUUUGUUCAAAAUAAAUUACACCCUUAUUAGAUUUUUGAACAGACAAGACUCCUAGCUAUUGACAUUAUUGAAGUUUUCUUAAUUUAUCUCUGAUCUGGUCUUUACUGAGAAGAAGCAGGGAUCUGAUUCCUAGGUUCUUAGUGUUUCGUACAUCAGAUGGCGGGAAAGGGAUGGAAGAGAAGCGUUGAAAUUGCAUGGAUUGCAAUGGGUUUGUUUCUGUGGAGUUUAAAAGGAACACAAGGAGUGAGAUUUGUGAUAGACAGAGAAGAAUGCCUAUCUCACGACGCCAAGUACGAAGGAGACACUCUUCAUGUCUCUUUCGUUGUCAUUAAGGCUGAUUCCCCUUGGCAUUUUAGCGACGAGGGUAUCGAUCUUGUGAUAAAGGGACCUUCCGGAGAACAGAUUCAUGAUUUUCGUGACAAGACAAGUGAAAAAUAUGAGUUUGUGGUCCAACAGAAAGGGGUUUACCGUUUCUGCUUCUACAACAAGUCUCCUUACCAUGAAACCAUUGACUUUGAUGUAAAGCUUGCUCAUUUUGCAUACCAGGAGCAGCAUGCAAAGGAUGAGCAUAUUGCCCCCUUGCUUGAGCAGAUAUCAAAGUUGGAGGAAGCUCUUUACAACAUCCAAUUCGAACAGCACUGGAUAGAGGCUCAGACUGACCGACAGGCAAUAGUGAAUGAUAGCAUGGGUCGUCGAGCAAUUCACAAGGCAAUGCUUGAAUCAGCUGCACUUGUUGGGGCUAGCAUCCUUCAAGUUUACCUUCUGAGACGCUUAUUCGAACGAAAACUUGGAACAUCAAGAGUGUAGCCAUGGGUGUUUAUUGAUUAUGUAACUCCAAGCUGGAAGUUCAUCUGAUCUGUGGUUUAACUAGCACCAGUUGUGUACCUAAUUUUACCAUGAAUAUGACAGUGCCUGCCCUCCACCUGAUUUAUGACUAUGCGUAGAGAAGGUUUACAGGGAGUAAUUCAAUGUUGUGGCAUCAGAAGCCAAGGUUGUGUUUUUGGAAGGUGGCUCAUUUUUGUGGCACCAAAUUAUCUUAUUCUUUGAGUGGAACACAUCAGUAUUGAUUUUUUUCGGCAGGUUA